CAAAACAAAGGCAGCAUCCGGGGCUGGGUGGAUGCGAACAACCAUGAAAGACUGGGCUCUCGCCCUCCCCGGCUCCGCUGCUGCCGCCGCCGCCGCUCCUCCUCCUGCCGCCGCCGGGAGGGCUCCGCUGUGAGGGGAGCAGGGGCGCAGCUGCUGGGCGUGCAUCCGAAAGGUGAGACGAGAGCGCGAGCGGAGGGGCGGGCAGGCCACGAACAUGUCCUCGGCCGUGGGGCCCCGCGGUCCUCGCCCACCCACGGUGCCUCCCCCGAUGCAAGAGCUGCCCGACCUGAGCCACCUGACCGAGGAGGAGAGGAACAUCAUCAUGGCAGUGAUGGACCGGCAGAAGGAAGAGGAGGAAAAAGAAGAAGCCAUGCUCAAGUGUGUUGUCAGGGACAUGGCGAAGCCUGCUGCCUGCAAAACACCAAGAAAUGCUGAAAACCAGCCCCACCAACCUUCACCGAGAUUGCAUCAGCAGUUUGAAAGCUAUAAGGAACAAGUGAGAAAAAUCGGGGAAGAAGCACGGCGUUACCAGGGUGAGCACAAAGACGAUGCUCCAACUUGCGGAAUAUGCCACAAAACGAAGUUUGCCGAUGGGUGUGGCCAUCUCUGCUCCUACUGUCGCACCAAGUUCUGUGCCCGCUGUGGAGGCCGCGUGUCUCUGCGAUCCAACAACGAGGACAAAGUGGUUAUGUGGGUAUGCAAUUUAUGUCGAAAGCAACAAGAAAUCUUAACCAAAUCUGGGGCAUGGUUCUUUGGAAGUGGCCCUCAACAGCCAAGUCAGGACGGAACCUUGAGUGAUACAGCGACAGGUGCUGGUUCUGAGGUACCGAGAGAAAAGAAAGCACGACUCCAAGAGCGAUCGCGGUCCCAGACACCCCUAAGCACAGCAGCUGCCUCCUCCCAGGACAUUGCUCCUCCCAGCGCACCGCCAGACAGGAGCAAAGGGGCUGAGCCCUCACAGCAAGCCGUGGGCCCCGAACAGAAACAGGCUUCCUCCAGGUCUAGAAGUGAGCCUCCAAGAGAGAGGAAGAAGACUCCAGGACUUUCUGAGCAAAAUGGCAAAGGAGCCCUGAAGAGCGAGCGGAAACGCGUGCCCAAGACCGCAGCGCAGCCCGGGGAGGGGGCCGCG